AUGGAUUCUAUUACAUCAAAUGAUUUUAUAAACAAUAUCAAAGAACAAGUUAAAGAAUUUGAUUAUAAACAAUACCAAAUGUAUAUUGGAAUCACUGGAUUUAUUAUUAUUACCACUAUUCUUCUUUUAAUUCUUAGAAAGUAUUUGAAAAGAAGAUAUGAGACUCAACAAUGGAUCAACCAAACUAUUUACUCAAGACAACCAUCAUUUGUAUCUUUAAGUGCUUCAAUUGCCUCAAAUAAACAACCCAUCAAUGGAGAAAGACAAGUCUCAAUUUGUUCAAAUGGUCUUAUCCCAUCAGAGUCACUUCCUCAAGUAUAUUCUAGAGUGGAAAGAGAAGAAAAUGAUUUUAAUAGUGGAGUUGUUGCAUUUGAAAAAAAAAUAGAAGAGGUUAAACAAAAUGACUCAAUUAUUCAACAGUCUUUAUUGCAUCAAUCAGAGCUUGAACAUUCAUCUCAUCUUUCUCAAAGAUCUAGUCUUCAUAACGCUAAUUAA